GCAUAGGUCCAGGGACCGGAGGAGGAAGAGAAAGCAAAGAGAGGACGCGCCGUCCGUCCCAUUCCCAUGCAAUGCAGCCGUCCACACCACACGAAUCAGCAGCUACCGCCCCGCCGUGACCGUGAGCCGAACGCGGGGCUCCGCGCCAGCUGGCUCUGGCCCUCUGGCGCGCCUCCCUCCCUCACCACGGCACCACCACGGGUGUGCCUGGAACGGAACGGAACGCGGAGGAGAAAGGGCCAUGGAGUGGACGAACGACGCCCACUGGCCUCCAUCUGUACUCUGUAGCACCACCGAUCCAUUGGUCUUCGUUCCUUGUCUGCCCAAUCCAUUUGCGUUCCUUGUCUGGUGGCCAUUGUGCGAGGAGGGUGCGUAGCAUAGGCGACGAAGGAAGGGAAGGGAACACCGCCAAUGGGUGACGAGGAGGAGGAGCGCGAUGGCGGCGCCGCGCGGCCCGCGGCGCCCUUGCUGCGCAGCAACGACGACAAGGAGGCCGAGGACGGCGACGCCGGGCGCCGCCCGGAAAUGGAAUGCCCCGGAUGCGCGUACGACCGGCGGAAGGAGGACCUCCGGCUCCGCAACGCCAAGCCGUACCGGGAGUUCCUCUACAUCUGGAUCAUCUCCCUCACCGCCGCUUUACCGAUAUCAUCGCUGUUUCCCUUCUUGUAUUUUAUGAUAAGAGAUCUGGGGAUUGCUAAAAGAACAGAAGAUAUCGGGUUCUACGCUGGUUUCGUAGGUGCCUCAUUUAUGUUUGGUAGAUGCUUGACUUCGACAGCCUGGGGAAUAGCGGCAGACCGUAUUGGGAGGAAACCUGUUGUCAUGUUUGGCAUUUCCUCUGUGGUUGUGUUCAAUACAUUGUUUGGUCUGAGUGUCAACUAUUGGAUGGCAAUAACUACGCGAUUUCUGCUUGGUGCUUUAAAUGGUUUACUUGGACCAAUAAAGGCUUAUGCCAUUGAAGUUUGCCGACCUGAACAUGAAGCGUUAGCACUAUCACUUGUCAGCACAGCAUGGGGAAUAGGUCUCAUUAUUGGUCCUGCUCUUGGAGGUUAUCUUGCACUGCCUGCAGAAAAUUUUCCAACUGUCUUUUCAACUGACUCAAUCUUUGGAAGGUUCCCAUAUUUCUUACCAUGCUUAUGCACGUCAAUCUUUGCUGCUGUUGUUCUCAUAAGCUGCAUAUGGAUGCCGGAGACUUUGCACAAGCACAAAGUUCAUGAAAAUAGAAGUCAGAACAUUGAAGCUUUGGAGGCCCAUCUGAUUGAUUCAAAAGAAAAGGUUGAAGAAAGUGGUAGUUUAGAUACUAAGAAGAGCCUAUUCAGGAAUUGGCCAUUGAUGUCAUCAAUAAUUGUCUAUUGCAUCUUCUCCUUCCAUGACAUGGCUUACACAGAGGUGUUCUCUCUAUGGGCUGAAAGUGACAAGAAGUAUGGUGGACUGAGUUUAUCAUCUGAGGAUGUUGGUCAAGUUCUUGCAAUCACAGGUGCCAGUCUUCUUGUAUAUCAACUCUUUCUAUAUCCUAGUAUCAAUAAGGUUCUUGGGCCUAUCAAAUCUUCUCGAAUUGCAGCUAUCCUGUGCAUACCUAUCCUCUUUGCCUACCCCUACAUGACAUACCUGUCAGACCCUGGAUUAUCAAUCAUUUUGAAUAUUGCGUCAGUGAUAAAGAAUAAUCUUGCUGUUACCAUCAUUACAGGCACUUUCAUCCUUCAAAAUAAUGCUGUGCCUCAGGACCAAAGAGGAGCUGCAAAUGGACUGUCCAUGACAGGGAUGUCCUUUUUCAAGGCACUUGCUCCAGCAGGAGCUGGCAUUGUGUUCUCAUGGGCACAGAAACGCCAGCAUGCCUUCUUCUUCCCAGGUGAUCAGAUGGUAUUCUUCCUCCUGAACGUUGUCGAGCUGGUUGGGCUUCUCCUCACAUUCAAACCCUUUCUGGAAGUACCAGAGCAAUUUGAGAGCAGAUAAUUGUCCCUUGAAUGAAUUACAAAAUUUUUGAAAUAUUAAAAAUUCAUCAUGUACGGUUGUACCAGUGAGGAGAAGGGUGAAAGCACGCCCUUACGCCGCGAAGGUCUACAGAGACCUAGGAAGGAGCAAGAAGUUGUGUACUUUUAACUGUAAGUGGUGUAUGUAGUAUCAGCAUUUCUGCAUAGGAAAUGCCUAUGUAGGUGGUAAAUGUGGCCAUGGAUCUAGAGUUGCUGCACUGUACUGUAAGUAGUAAUAAUGUAAGGUUCAGCGACUCAAUAUUAUUUAUUGGAAAUGAAAUAAGUAGUA